AUAUUUCCCGUCAAAGCCUCGAGGUUGCGGGCGGAGGUUGCGGGUUAAAGGUGAGGCCGUCUCUUCCGGCCUGGGGUGGUCACAGCGGCGCCGAGAGAGAGAGACUCGUUCGCACAACGGGAAGCAUAAAUGGGGGUCCCGGCCUUCUUCAGGUGGCUCAGCAAGAAGUACCCCUCUAUCGUGGUGAACUGCGUAGAAGAGAAGUUGCGGGAGGUCAAUGGCGUCCGCAUCCCCGUGGACACGAGCAAGCCCAACCCCAACGAGGUCGAGUUCGACAACCUCUACCUGGACAUGAAUGGCAUCAUCCACCCCUGCACGCACCCCGAGGACAAGCCGGCGCCCAAGAACGAGGAUGAGAUGAUGGUGGCGAUCUUCGAGUACAUCGACCGACUCUUCAGCAUCGUGCGGCCCCGCCGCCUGCUGUAUAUGGCCAUCGAUGGCGUAGCUCCCCGGGCCAAGAUGAACCAGCAGCGGUCACGCCGCUUCCGCGCCUCUAAGGAGGGGCAGGAGAUGACGGCUGACAAGAAGCGAAUCCGGGAGGAGAUCCUCCAGAAGGGUGGUUUUCUCCCUCCGGAAGAGGCCAAGGAGCGGUUCGACAGCAACUGCAUCACCCCCGGCACAGAGUUCAUGUCCAACUUGGCCAAGUGUCUGCGCUACUAUGUGGCCGAGAGACUGAACAGUGACCCGGGCUGGCGCAACAUCGCGGUGAUCCUGUCGGAUGCCAGCGUGCCAGGCGAGGGGGAGCACAAAAUCAUGGACUUCAUUCGCAGACAGAGAGCUCAACCGAACCACGACCCCAACACCCACCAUUGCCUGUGCGGCGCUGACGCGGACCUCAUCAUGUUGGGGCUGGCAACGCAUGAGCCCAAAUUCACGAUCAUCCGUGAGGAGUUCAAGCCCAACCAGCAGCGGCCGUGCGCACUCUGCUCUCAGUUUGGACACGAGCUCAAGGACUGCGAGGGGCUGCCCCGCGAAAAGCAGGGCAAGCAUGACGAGUUUGCUGACCUCCCACCCGGUUCGGAGCAGGAUUUCAUCUUCCUUAGACUCAACAUUCUGCGCGAGUACCUGGAGCGGGAGCUCACUAUGGCGAGCCUGCCCUUCCCCUUCGACCUGGAGAGGAGCAUUGACGACUGGGUCUUCAUGUGCUUCUUUGUCGGAAACGACUUCCUUCCGCACCUGCCUUCCCUGGAGAUCCGGGAGGGAGCCAUCGAUCGCCUCGUCGGCAUCUACAAGAACGUUGUUCACCGCACAGGGGGCUACCUGACGAACAGUGGCUACGUGAACCUGGAGCGCGUGCAGCUCGUGAUGGAGGCGCUGGGGGAGAUGGAGGACGCCAUCUUCAAGAAGCGGCGCACUGACGACUUGGAUUUCAAACGUCGUCAGAAGGACAGAAAGAAGCGGAUGAAGCGGGAUCGUCCGGCCUUCAUCCCUGGGGGGCAGUUUUCUCCCCGGCCGCUGGGUGGUGGUGGUGGCGGCGGUUGGAGGGGGGGCCGGGGGGGAAGCAACCCCAUCCACAACCCCCGGCAGACGGCGUACGAAAUGCGCACGCAGGGACGAGACUACAACAACAUGAGCGCUGCUCAGUCUCUGAAGAGCUCCAUGUACGGACAGAGCCCGGCUCCGUCCCACUCUGGGAACAGCAGCUUCAGCUCGGGGGGGGGCACUCCCUCCCCUUCGGGGAAGCGGCCGCUCGAAGACAGCGACGAUGAGCCUGAGCCCGAGGACAACGUGAGGCUGUGGGAGGACGGCUGGAAGCAGCGAUACUACCGCCAGAAGUUCGACGUGGAUGACGGCGACACCGGAUUCACCGACAAGGUGGCGCGGGCGUAUGUGCAUGGCCUGUGCUGGGUGCUGCGCUACUACUACCAGGGCUGCGCGUCGUGGCAGUGGUUUUACCCGUUCCACUACGCGCCCUUUGCCUCAGACUUCCACAACGUGGCCAGCAUGCCGUCCGACUUCGCCACCGACACCAAACCCUUCAAGCCCCUGGAACAGCUGAUGGGGGUGUUCCCAGAGGCAAGCGGCAACUUCCUGCCGGUGACGUGGCGCAAGCUCAUGUCCAACCCGGACUCGAAAAUCAUCGACUUCUAUCCCGACGACUUCUCCAUUGACCUCAACGGGAAGAAGUACGCCUGGCAGGGCGUGGCGCUGCUGCCCUUCGUGGACGAGCGCCGUCUGCGUGCGGCCCUCGCGGACGUCUACCCCGACCUCUCGGUGGACGAGAGUCGUAGGAACAGCCUCGGCAGCGACGUGUUGUUUGUGGGGCAGUACCACCCGCUGCAGGACUUCAUGGUGGAGCUCUACAGCGGCGGAGCAGAGAACGGACAGGAGGUGGAUCUGCCCCCCAACCUCUGCCACGGCAUGACGAGUAAACUACGUCUGGACCAGGACUCUAUCCUGCCUGGCAGGGUUGUGCAGUCCCCUGUGCCCACGCUGCCUGACGUGAAGCACAACAGCUGUGUGAGCAUCUUGUUCCGGGACCCGCAGUAUGAGGAAGGAUUCGUGUUCAAGGCUGAGUUCCUCCCGGGGGCCAAGCAAGCGGAGAAGGUGCUGAAGCCUGGCGACUGGGAACAGAGGAACCCCGGGCGCAACUACCAACCGCAGCUCGGAUUCAACCCCAAUCGGCAGCAGCAGCACCUGGGCCAGGCCUCCUUCAACAUGCUGCGGCACUCGACUGCCCAGGCCGCAACCUCUCGGAACAGCUGGCCCCAGGCUCACGGAGGUUAUGGCCAGGGGCAGCAUCAGCCCAGCAGCCGGCAGAUGCCGGCGCGGCAAGACUCUCAGCAGUGGUUUAACCCACAGCCCCGACAGCUCUACAACCCCCCACUCUCCAACCGGAUGACCACACAGAGAGGAGGUGGCUCUGGGGGCCAGGGGGCCUGGUCGCAGGGAUCCUACCCCCCGGCGGGGGGGGGCAACUUCCAGCAGAGUGGAGGCGGCAGCUGGGGGGGCCAGCAGCAGCAGCAGAUGUUCCAGCCGCGGCACGGAGCACCCCGUGGUUCCUACCCGGGUCGAGGCAGCUUUCCCAUGCCCCCCCCAACCUCCCGCUACUCUCGCUACUGAGACAUGGAGACACGGGGGUAGGGGUGGUGGUACAUCAACUUCUCCACGCGGACCACACGGCCUGCCGCCGAGCCACCUUGCCAGGGGCUCAUUUUAAGGCCGAGUCGACCUCCGGGGAGAGGGCCUUCCCGGGCAAGUUCCAACGUCGCGGUUCGCACCUUGGCCGUUGUCGUUCGGGUGUCGAACCCAGGUAUCCCAGGAUCAUAGCUUCGUGCCGACCUCCCUCGUUCCUUGUCCUGGUGACCCCCAUCUCCGAGCGCUCCGUCCCCAUUUACUUCGUUUCCUCUGUCCACCUUUAUUCAUAGUUUUAAUCCCAAUGAUGGUCGUGUAUUUUUUUGUCAUUAAAUGCCGGAACAGAAA